UAGAGGCGUAAACGACGUCGUAACCACGUUGCCACCCAAAGCCCCGCCUAACGCGACCCGGAAUUUCCUCGCAGGCAAUUUCUUCAUCAUCUUCUCUCCUUCCUUUCUCGUCGAGUCCCCGUGAUUCUCUUGCUUCCUGAAACCUCUCAGAAUGUACAAAUCAAACCCUAAUUCCUUCAAUUUGCCUCCUAAAUCCACCACCGCCAACUCGCGCUUGACUCAGAAGCAACUCAUAGACUCGCUCGCCUCUCACAUCUCUCUCUAUCACUCUCAUUCUCUAAAUUCCGGCUGCAAUCGGAACCCUAACUCUAAUUACAGAGCCUCGAUCCUCAAAUGGUUCUCUGCUCUCACCGUCCAUCAACGCCAGGCUCACCUGACCACCGUCGACGUCAAAUUUACGCAGCUCCUCAUUCAAAUGCUCGGAAAGGUCCGCACACAAGGCUGCGGCGUCUUCAUCGUCCUCCCAGAUAUCCCCUCAUCUGAUCCACCUCACCUUCCAAGCCUUUGCUAUAAGAGGUCACGUGGCCUUUUGUCUCGAGUCGCCGAGUCAAAUGAGUCUGAGCGCUUGAUUUUCGAGUCUACCUGGUUGUUUGGCUCGAGAGAAGGGGAAAAGAUCGAGGAGUGUUCGUGUUCGAUAAAUUGUCUUGAUUCUGUGACCGUGAGUGAGGACUUUAUAGAAAAUGUAGAUCAUUUCGUUGCUGCAAUGGAUAAAGUAUCCAAUGGGCGAUUUUUGAGGGGUCAGGAGAGCGAAUUGGGAUCAGAUUGGGUGGAACUUGAAUGGUUGAAAGACAAGGGUUAUUACAGUCUGGAGGAUUUUGUGGCGAGUAGAUUAGAGGUGGCCUUGAGAUUAGCUUGGUUGAGCUGUAGUGGUGGUAAGAAAAGGGGGGUGAAGUUGAAAGAGAAAGUCAUCGCUGCAGGGGUGGCUGCAAAUGUAUUCUGGAGGAAGAAAGGAUGUGUGGAUUGGUGGAGGAAGUUGGAUUUGGAAACCAGGAGAAAGCUCUCAACUGUGGCAUUGGGGAAAGCUGCCAAAUUCCUGACACUUGAGAUUUCAAAGGGGAAAAGCUCUGUUAUGAUGGAGGAGAUGUGGUCCCUUAGUGCCGGAGUGGAACAAGCAUCGAGGUAUAAGUGUUCAGACUCAUCACGAAGCCAUACUGUGACAAAUACAGCUUAUACUGGAUUUGGCUUAUCAAUUAAGCCUCCUUCUGGUCAUGGAAAAUCGAAGGCCCUCAUCGAGAUUCUUAAUCAAUUAAUUGUUCUUCAGGAUGUCCUUAGUCUUGUGUCAUCAUGUUGGCAUAGUGACCAUAAUAUAGGGAAGGUUUUCUUCACGACACUGGGAUGUCUUGGUACCACUUCUGAUUGUGUAUUAAGAAAAAUGAGAGCAUUAAUUAUGGUUAUUUCACUUGAUUGCAUGAAAAUCGAACUUCUUGAAGAAGAUAAUUCUAAGUCUCUGCCUACUAAAUCCAAAGAAAAGCUCAGUUCAUGCAGUAAGAAAAAGAAGGGGAGAACCCAUAACAUGAAAAAGCUAAAUCCUGGGGCAGGUUCAGGUGCAGAUGACUUUUUGUCCGACAAACCUUUCAAGGAUUUUGAACGUGGAUUGGCAUGUAAAGAGAGAGAAGAUUUGGUGGAGUCAUCCAAUGAGAUGCAUGGUACACUUCAUGGGAAGGAAGGUCAAAGAGAGACAUCAUUUUCAGCAGUGGAAAUGGAACAUGACCAAAGAAUGGUUGUCGGAAAGGAACGAUCUACUGCAAGGAAGUGUAGGAAAGAAAAAAAGAAAAGUAAAAGUUCUGGUUUUAAAAAUCCAACUGAAGUGAAAAAUUCAACAAAAUCAGUUGCAACUGGCCCCUCUUCCUCUGUUUCUUCUGCAGCCGAGGCAGCGAAGGCUGCAUCUGCCCAUUCGACUGUCCAGACUGUAUCUGAUGAAAAGCUUAAUGUUGGCAACAUCGUUGAAGAACAUUUAAGUGUUAGAAGGUCUUCUUUGGAACCCCCUAGGGGGUAUAUUUUCACUGAAAGCAUCCAAGAAGAUUGUUCAUGUCGUUCUACUGAAGAUCUAUGUCAUGGGGGUACAGACUACAACCAGGUUUCAGGCAUUCUGAAGAAUCAUACUACACUUGGCAGGCUAGGAAUAUCAAGUUGUAACAUCGACAGCGAUGUUAUUUCUGCCAUUGAGCCUGCAUUGGAGCUUGAUAGUGUUUCCACAAAUGUAGAUGCCAGCUUAGAUAAUUUGUUUCCUUCGACUAAACUAGAGACAAAAGCAGAUUUUAUGGACAAAUCAGUCAGAGCUAUGAGUAGAAAAGAGGAACCUCUGUGGAUUCAGGAGCAAGAGACUGAAAAUAUUUAUGUUGGAGUUGGACACACAAGUGCUUCUGCAUUUAUUUCAUAUGAGUGGCCUAGUGUAGCACCUGUUUUUUUCCCGUCCAUCAAUCCACAUAUUCCUGCUGCGACUGAUAGAUUACAUCUUGAUGUUGGUCACAACUGGCAUAAUCACAUUCGCCAACCUUUUGUACCCACAAUGCAUCAGGCAAGAAAUGCACGCAUUGAAGUUGGGUGCAGUCCGAUUUUCCCUAGGCCAUUGCCAAUGAGUUUGGAUUGGCCUCCAAUGGUUCGAAAUAAUUGUGGCCUGGCUCCAUCAUUUACCUAUAAUUAUGAUCCUGGGUUCAUUGCGAGGCGGCAGUCUGCUUUUCAGCCGACCUUCUCUGGUCAGAAUUAUAUGAAAGCCUUGGACAAUGAGAAGUAUUCUGGUGAUUCUUUGGAUUUGACUGAACUAGCCAAUAUGCAGGAAUUAGCUGAGGAAUGUGACAGCCACUGGCUAUCUGAGGAAGAAUUUGAGGUGCAUGCUGUUUCUGGGAUAGAUUACAAUCAGCACUUCGGCGGCGGAGUGAUGUAUUGGAAUCCCUCUGAUCAUCCGGGAACAAGUUUCUCUCGACCUCCUUCACUUAGUUCUGAUGAUAGCUCAUGGGCUUGGCGUGAAGCAGAUAUGAAGAGGGCUGUUGAUGACAUGGUUGCCUUUUCUUCUUCUUACAGUACAAAUGGUUUGACUUCACCAACUGCCGCUUCCUUUUGUUCUGCUUUUGAUCCUUUGGGGCCUGGACAUCAAGCACUUGGUUAUGUGGCGCCAGCCAAUGAUGUACAUGGCAAAGUGCUGCAUUCGUCAACGACAAUAGAUGCUGUAUCAGAAGAUGAUGUCUCAGGAUGUUUGUCUAAUAUAUCUGCUGAUAUUGAAGGGAAGCCGGGAGAUUCACUCCCCUAUCCUAUUUUGCGUCCUAUCAUUAUACCAAAUCUAUCAAGGGAAGGAUCAAGAUCUGAUUUCAAGCGUAAUCAUGAUCACAAAAGCCCGUGUCUUCCCACUAGUAGGCGGGAGCAGCAACGGAUAAAACGCCCACCAUCACCUGUAGUUCUUGGUGUUCCACGAGCUCCGCGUCUGCCUCCACCGUCUCCUGUGAGUGACUCUAGAAAACAUAGGGGUUUUCCUACAGUUAGAUCUGGGAGCUCCAGCCCAAGGCAUUGGGGUAUGAGAGGUUGGAAUCAUGAGGGAACUAACUUGGAGGAAGCUUGUACACGUGUGGAUGGAGCUGAAGUUGUUUGGCCUUCUUGGAGGAAUAAAAGUCUUUCAGGCUGCACAAUGAUUCAGCCUCUUUCUGGAUCUUUGCUGCAAGAUCGCCUUAUUGCAAUGUCCCAGCUAACCCGAGAUCAAGAACAUCCAGAUGUGGCAUUACCACUGCAACCACCAGAAUUGCAGUGUGCUACUCGAAAGGCAUCCCUCUCCCUGAUGUACAGUCUCCUACAUAAUGAAAUUGAUUCAUUCUGCAAGCAGGUUGCUGCAGAGAAUAUGGGUCAGAAACCUUACAUUAAUUGGGCAGUCAAGCGGGUCACACGGUCUCUCCAAGUAUUGUGGCCUAGGUCAAGGACAAAUAUCUUUGGUUCAAAUGCAACAGGUUUGGCACUUCCAACCAGUGAUGUGGAUCUAGUGGUUUGUCUUCCUCCAGUAAGGAAUCUGGAACCAAUCAAAGAAGCUGGGAUUUUGGAAGGCCGUAAUGGUAUCAAAGAAACUUGCCUUCAGCAUGCAGCCAGGUAUCUUGCUAAUCAGGAGUGGGUGAAAACUGAUUCUCUUAAAACCGUGGAAAAUACUGCUAUACCUAUCAUUAUGCUUAUGGUCGAAGUUCCCCGCUAUUUGAUUGCCUCUGCUGUUUCUAAUGUUCAAUCACCAAAGGAGGAGCCAACUUGUUUGACUUGUGACAAUGGUAACAACAACACUCUCUCCGGUGCAACUGGUUUUGAAGACUCUGCAUCACCAAAAUGCUCUCAGAGCAAUGAUGAUAAUUUAGAUGAUGUGAAGUCAGUUCGCAUUGAUAUCAGUUUCAAGUCCCCGUCACAUACAGGACUUCAAACUACUGAACUGGUCAAAGAGCUUACGGAGCAAUUUCCAGCUGCCACACCUCUUGCUUUGGUACUGAAACAGUUCCUGGCAGAUCGUAGCCUGGACCGAUCCUACUCUGGUGGCUUAAGUUCCUAUUGCUUGGUGAUAUUGAUUACACGUUUUCUGCAGCAUGUGCAUCAUCUUGGCAAACCUAUUAAUCAAAAUUUUGGAAGCCUUCUGAUGGAUUUCCUUUACUUCUUUGGGAAUGUUUUUGAUCCUCGCCAAAUGCGUAUUUCAGUACAGGGGAGUGGAGUGUACAUAAAAAGGGAAAGAGGUCAUAGCAUUGAUCCAAUACACAUUGACGAUCCUCUUUUCCCGAUGAAUAAUGUGGGGAGAAAUUGUUUUCGGAUACAUCAGUGUAUCAAGGCAUUUUCUGAGGCUUAUUCUAUCUUGGAGACUGAGCUCACUUGCCUUCCUGAUGAUGGUGAUACCAGUUCAGUGCUGCCACCAUACAGGCUGCUUUCAAAAAUCAUCGCAAGCAUAAAUUUGUCAUAAGAAAAUUUUAAGGCAUUUUAUGUGAGUGGAAGACUGGAAGGAAAAGCGAUUGCUGAUAAGUAGAUUGAUCAUAUAAAGGCGCACAAUUUUUAUUCCAAGGGUUGCUAAAGAUACUCUCUUCAUUCAAAGAAAAGGGGUGAAAAGUUUUUGGUUGCUGCUUAAACCUGCAGUUAAUCAACAGAGAUUGAGAAUGUUUUUCGGAGUCUGGAUUGCAAGAGUCAGAAACUCUACUCCUUGAUUGUGGUUGCUAUUUAUCUCAUGCUAUGCUCCGACACUUUUUGUAUUAAUUGACAGAAUGGAUAUUUGACAAGUCAACGUCAUUUCUCCCCCUCUAUUGGAAUAGUGACCAUGACGCUCGGGCUCAACUUUCUCAGGAUGCCGAUGGUCCAAAUAAUUCCUGAACAACAGAAAAUUUGUCAAAAAUUGAGCACACUUGCAAGUGGGUAAUCUCCUGAUAUUAUUACUAGAAUCCAACAUCAUUUGUUGUUGUGACCCAAGUCUGAGUUGAGAUGAAGAGUUGACAAGAAGAGAACUUGUGUUUACUGGGUUUUCCGUCAGAGUUGGAGUAGCUUUACUCUUUUAGAAGUUGCUACAUGCCAGGUACAGCCCAUCUCUGGUGAUGCCAUAAUGAAUGAUCUAGGAUUUAUAGGAUAUUUGGGAAAAAUAUGAUCAAUAUGUUCACUUGAGCAACUGCACGCGAGAAAGCAUGCUAGGAUUUAAAGGAUGUUUGGGAAAAGGAUGAUCAAUAUGUUCACUUGAGCAACUGCUCUCGAGAAAGCAUGAAGGCUUGCCCCCCAUUGCUCGAGUUAAUCUGAUUCUCCUACUAGAAAAGAAACUGAAACUCAGCUUCACCAGAACUGACAUGGCAUCAAAAUACAACCUUAAUUUGCAGCUCGUGGCUUCAUUCAAUUCUAUUGGCAGCUUUGAAUGGUGCUGAUAAUGUGCGGCUGCCAGUGUCAGCUACGGCAUAUGCAUGUUCUUUUGUUGGCUGCUCUUUGGCCGCAGGUUAGAUGCUGUCUUCUCAGAUCGAAUCUUAGUUCUGUGGUAGGUUCAAAUAUGUGAGAUCCUUCAUGUCUGCAGAUUCUGUUGCUGGAGAAAUUAUUUUGGGAGAAGUCCUUGCAGUUUCAGUUUGAUUUGGCUGGCAUUCUGUGAUAACCAGAUUAAAUAAUAACCCCUCUUGCGUUGAGAUGUAGGAAAUAUCAUUCCAAUACUAAUUGAUCAAACCAUGCAUACAUAUGAGAGUUAAAAAACCUAACAUGAAUUUUGAGGGUUAAAGUGUUUUAAAAUUUCA